AUGGCUGCGCUUGCACCCAUCAUCAGCAGCUUCUCACUCAUUUUUGGAGGCUGUUGUGCCAAUGUCUACUGUCUGGAAGCCAUAGUAAAACAAGAACCCGACAGCGGCCUUCUAAUCACGCUCUUCCAGUUUGUUUUUACGUGUCUAUCGACAUUACACUACCAAUUUGACCCCAAUGGCCGAUACUACCUGCGAUCAUCACCGGUGCCGUUUCGCAAGUGGUGCAUAAGUGCAGCGCUAUUCUUUACGGUCAACAUGCUGAACAAUUGGGCGUUCGCAUUCAACAUAUCCGUUCCUGUCCACAUCAUUCUUAGAAGUUUUGGAAGUGUGACCACGAUGGCAGCAGGCUAUCUUCGCGGAAAGAAAUACACUCCUCUGCAGAUCUUCUCUGUCGCCAUCUUGACUCUGGGCGUUAUGGUGUCUGCUUGGGCUGAUGCAUCAUCCAAGGGAAAGACAAAGACCGCCAAUGUCGAUCCAACGAAGGCUUCUUUUGAGGCUGGACUACUCGUGCUUCUUGUCGCCCAGCUGCUCUCCGCGUACAUGGGCGCUUAUGUCGAGGACAUCUACCGUGACCACGGCAAGGACUGGAAGGCGAAUCUUUUCUACUCGCAUCUUCUGUCUAUUCCCAUGUUUGCCGGCUUCGCACCAGUUCUCACUGCGCAAUUCACACGCCUCCAGUCCUCGCACUCUUUCCUGGUCCCAGCCAACAUUGCCGCGAGUCUGCCACCCGCCCUAAACAAGCUUCUUGCGUCGACCUCCCAACACGUCAUCUACCUCACUGCUAACGCAAUCACGCAGCUCCUCUGCAUCACAGGCGUCAAUAUUCUGAGCGCCAACACGUCUGCUGUCACUGUUACGAUAGUGUUGAACAUCAGGAAAUUGGUCAGCUUCUUACUGAGCAUCUGGCUCUUUGGCAACCAGAUGGGCGGGCUUAUGAAGGUCGGUGCUGCGAUGGUCUUUGGCGCAGGUGCAUUGUAUGGGUAUGAGACGACCUACAAGAUCCCCCAGAAGAAGAAGCUGGAGGCGAGAAAGGAGAAGAAGGGUCAGUGA